AGCAGAUGCGUUCGUUUAGUCUUGCUUAAAUCACUAUCCGCGCAACAUCGGCCACCCCGUGCGUCUAUACGUUUCGAUCCGGACGCGAUUCUAAGUUGUUUUCCCGCGGUCACCAGCGCGCGUCACAAUGGCCAUCGGUGGAAAAUACGCGCCCAUGUUGAUGGGACUGCUACUAGUCGUCGUUAGUUCCGUUGUAUCCGCCGCGAAACUUGCCCGUGCUAUAACCGACGAUGUGGAAUUCAUCACACCGCGAGGAUUUGGAUUGGGCCCCAGUGGAUUGGGGCCACUGGGACCCGGUGGAUUCCGAGGCAUCGAGAUUCUACCCCGACCGGAACCGUCCUGGAAAGCCGGAGCCACACUGGUGGCCGACAAUCCGGAACAGCAGAUCAUGGGUACCAUCUCGUUCAAACAGUGGGCACCGGGCCACGUGGAAACGGCAAUCAACGCCACCGGUCUGCCAGUGGGCAAACAUGCCGUCCACGUGCACGCCUUCGGAGAUAUGCGCGAGGGCUGCAAAUCAACGGGACCACAUUUCCGAAGUAGUAUUAUUGGAAACAUCGAGGUCAAGGACGAUGGCAAUGCAAUGAUUGACUUCCACAGUCCGUACAUCAAUUUGUUCGGAUUCGCUGGAAUCGUAGGACGGGCCAUCGUAAUCCAUGAGAAACCUUCGGAGAUCUACCGCUUCCCGGAUCUGUCCAUCAACAAUCCGGUGUCGUUCCAGGGCGAGGAGGAUACGGUGGGGGCAAGGAUCGCCUGCGGUAUCAUCACUAUUCUGGACAAUGUGUCGUAGAUAGGAAAGUGCUAUUGUAGGACUUAUACUAAUCCAAGUAUUGUUUUAUGUACAUACAUUUGCUUGUAUAUUUAUGUGAUAUUCAAUAAAAUUUCGUUUUAAAUAUUUA